AUGAUGAACAUUAUCAUUGAUCAACUAAGUAAACAGGAUUUUCAAAGUAUUAUUUAUAAUUACAACAUAACAAGGUUGCUUCACUACUGUAAAUAAAUUUCUUCAAGAGAAUGAAAAAUAGAAAUCCUUUCCAAAGGAAUAUCUCAAAUUAUUUAUAACCAUCUUGAAUUCAUUAAAGACCAUCAUAGUUGAAUAAGAGAAUAAAGAAUUUAAAUUCAAACUGUUUUAAGUUCUUAGAUUACUCACAAGAUCGCAAGAUGUUUCACUGAAUGUUCAAUCUCAAGAAUUUAUAUUAUUGAUAGAUUUAAUGCAAAUCAUUCAAAAAUAGACUUCGUAAUCUUUUACUAUGAUGCAAAUAGAAAAUUUGAGUAUCUAAAAAAGAUUAAUUUAUUUCAAUAACAAGGUAUGUGCUAUUUUUACUAAAAUUAUCAUAGUUGUUGCAAACCUUUAAUUCUAAGUAUGUGCAUUCACUAUUAGAUAUAAUGACUUCUUCUUCUAAGGAUUUGAAAUUAAGUCUAUUAGAUUAUAUUAAAUUAGCAAUGGAAAUCGAUGGGUAGCUAAUAUAAACUGAAAUUUCAUCUCUUUAUUAUGUUGGUAAGAUGCUCGUCUUGCUUGAAAACAAUGACCUAGAAUUAAAGAUUUAGACUGCUAAUUUGAUUACAAAAUUAUUAGAUUGUUAUCAAUUUAGCGAAAACUUUCGCAAAUUAACAGGAAUGGCAACAGUAAUCUAGGAAAUUGAAAAGAAAGACAACGAUAAAUUAGAAGUAAAAAUACCUCUUUUGAAUUUAUUAAUGAGAAUAUCAUCUGAUAGCAAAAAUUACACUGAUCUUAAAGUAAAAAUACAAAUAAUUUAUAAGUUAUAUGGAAUUGUAGAAAUUUUACUACAAAAUUUAGAUCAUUAGGAAUACAUGAUAGUUACAACAGUCAUAAAUAUUUUUGGUUAAUUAAGUUUUGAUGAUGAGUUGUCAUCUAGAAUCGCAUAGAAAGGAUUAUGUAUUAGUAUAAGUUAUAAACUUAGAAAAAAUAAUUAAUCUGGUGUUUAUGUGUCAUCCUCAUAGAGUUAAGCAAUUAAAGUUUAUUGAUAUUAAUAAGAAGGAUUACCCAAAGGCUAUUUUGGAAUUGCAGAUUUAUACAUUUAGAUUACUAAGAUAUUUAGCUUCUCUGAAUAGGCAUAGACACAUUUUUAAAUAACUAUUUAUCCCCAGAUUGUUAUAAUAAUUUAUUGAUAUCGAGAAUUUUAAUAAGACUUUAAAUGCAUAUAAAAAAUUAGUGGAUGAUUUCAAUUAAAUAGAACCUGAAGAUUUAUUGUGUAUGCAGGAAACAUUGCAACAAUCUGCUGAAAAUUUUUAUAUGCAAAAUACAAUAAAAAAAAUUGGAAAUUAUGAGAUUUUGGAAUAAAUAGGCAAAGGAGCAUUUGGAUCGGUUUAUUUAUGUAGAUUGGGAGGUAAUUUCUAUGCAAUUAAAUAAAUCAAUGAUGUUGAAACUUUGUAGUAUCGAGAGGUGUAGAUCCAUUUGGAAUUGAAUCAUCCAAAUAUUGUUAAAUUAUAUGAAUGCUUCAUCUAUGAACAUUCAUUAUGUUUAGUGAUAGAAUACAUAAAAGGAAUGAAUGUAUAAGAACUAAUUAAGUUAAUGAAUGAGAAGAACUAGUAAAUAGAAGAAGAAAAUGUUUGGAAAAUAUUGAUAGAUCUACUGUCGGUGUUAAGAUAUUUACAUUUCGAUAAGAACAUAGUUCAUCGAGAUUUGAAUCCUGCAAAUAUAAUGGUAGAUUCAUCAUAUUCAAUUAAAAUCUGUGAUUUUGGAUUGGCUAAACACUUUUAGGAAGAUAUAAUCAAUAACUCGUUUGUUGGAACAUUGAUUUACACUUGUCCAUAGAUAGUGGAGAAUAAGGCAUAUUCUGAGAAAGCAGAUGUAUGGGCUUUGGGAUGUGUGUUAUAUGAAAUGCUUUAAUAAAAGCCUGCGUUUCAAUCUGCGAAUCCUUUGAUGCUUGCAAAAAAGAUUGUUUAAUUAGAAUAUGAACCCAUCAAUUAAGGCAUUUAUAGCAAUGAAUUAAUAAACAUAGUUUAGUUGUGUCUUUAGAAGGAAGAGGAUAAACGACCAUCAGUAAAUGAAUUGUUAGAAAUGAUAAGUUUGAAGAUGGUGAUUUUGAUGGAUACUAUAAAGUAAGAGAAGGAUGAUUUGAAAAGUGAGUUACAAGAUUUGUAAUCUAAAAUCAAUGAUUAAUAGUAUGAAAUAAAAAAGGAACAAUAAGAACCAGGAUUGUAGGUUUGGAAUAUAUUUUAAAAACUCUUAUAAUUGUCACUACAUGAUUAUAAAACUCUAGAUGCUAAGAAUUAGUAUUUGAUUGAAUAGUUUAGAAGAAAGAUAAGUAAACCAGAUAACGACAUCAAUAUUUAGACUGAAUUAACUAAAUUAACAUCUUUAUCUAAAGAAUUUAUAUCAUACUUACCAAAGAUUACUUAUGAACAACUGUUUUUUAUAAUUGAAACUGAGUGUAAAUCAUAAUAGAUUUGA